CCAGCCGGGUCAGUAUCUGCUCGCGCGCCUGUUCAGUCACAUGCGCGCCGCGUGCCGCCACCUCUUCUCGCGCACACCAUUUGCACGUGCUCACGCCGAGAGUGGUUCGAGUUGAAUUUUGGAAUUUGUUUUUUUUUUUCGGUUUGAUUUUGUUUUUUACACAAAAAUUCUACUAACAGCUCUUGUCUUGUAAUUUCUGUGCGCGUCGCCGUUGUUUCGUGCUGUGUGAAGAAAACGUCGGAUGUGGACGAUUAUAUAUUAUUACCUAUAUUCCGUUUUGGACCGGACAAACCACGAUUGUGGAGAACUCUUGAUUAAGACCUCAGCAAAUUUAAAAUAAAGAUACGUGGACGAUUGAGAUUGACAAGGCCUGUUUGAAUGCGUGAUCAAACUUUAAAACAAAAUUAUACUGACGAAUUCCGAUCGUGUAUUACUUAAUGUGAUGAGCAGGCAACGAUGAUAUGGAGGCGGCAGCCAGCGUGGUACAGAUGACAGGAGGUGGCGGUCGGGUGGGCAUGAACACGGACAUGUUCCUGUUGCCGUCCAGCCCUUUUACGCCGUCGCCCGGUGUUGCGAUAAUCACCACGGGAUCGCCUACCUCGGGCGUCCACCAGUAUGCGGCGUCCACGCUCACGUUGUUGCGGCGAGACGCUUGGGUGUUACCGGUGCUCGUACUGUCCGUACUCACCAUGACGUUGAUAUUAACCUUUGAGAUAUUCGUGCUGUGCAAGACCAGGAAGACGGAGCCGAGCCGAAGACAUUUAUUUUUGGGACAGGCGUUGCUCGGCGGACUGUUCAUGUGUGCGGCUGUCAGCGGGCUCAUGUGCACACAACCGACAGUGUUGACGUGUGCCACCGUCAGGCUGUGCACAGGACUGGGAUAUUCCAUGGUGUUUGGCACGUUACUGGUCAAGUGCGUUUUUCUAAUAAGCCUCAACGGCGGCGUCUAUCUACCGGCACCGUAUCAGGCGCUAUUGCUCUUCUUCACGGUGGCUAUACAACUGGCUAUCGGCGUCCAAUGGCUCAUCUAUUCACCGCCACAAUUGUUACCGUCUCAAUGGGCCACUAGUCUGGACAACAGCUGCGACACCAAAUACCAGCACAUGUUGGGCUCGAUGGUGUACGCGGCCGGACUGCUUUUGGCCGUCACCGUGUUGGCAGUCAAGUCGAGGCACAUACGCGACAAUUACCGCGAAGCCAUGUACAUCGGGCUGGCCGUCGGGUGCACCGCACCGCUGUGCGUGGGCUGGGCGGUGGCCGGCCUGUGGGCCACGCAGCCCGGCGACCAAGACGGUUGUUUAGCCUUGGGCCUGGGCGCCACGGCCGCGCUCGUUUUGCUCGUCAUGUUCAUGCCGAAGGGCCGACAGUUGGCCGCCAUGGGCCGGGACGGACUGUACGACGAGGACAAGUUGAGCACGCUGAGCCGACCGGCGUCCCCGUCGUUUUUCCAUUUCAAACCGUCGUUUGUGACACCGCUCAAACACACAUCCACCAUAAACACUUUUGGAGAUCGAGUAGCGCUCGUUGCACCGCCGACUUAUCCACAUCAUUAUUAUCCAUACUGUUAUUACCCGCACCAUGGAGGAGGAGGAGGGGCAGCUCACCAACAAGCCAUGUAUUCGAGAUGUCCACCGGACAUGUGCAAUUUUUCCGGCAUGGACAACAGCAUAUACACAACGAUGGAACCCACCAUGUCUAAUAAUCCAAAUGUCUUUUUUCACCGUUCCGGCAUCCAUCCGGGCAUGAUGUACUGAUUAAUUGUUUAAGAGAAUAUUUUUUUCCAUUAUGUUUAUUAACUAUUAUUCUUAAAAAUUAGAGUAUAAAAACAACACGCUAUGCCUAUAUACUUAAAGUAAACAAAAAAAAAAAACACCGUUAACUAAAAUAUAGAAACUAAUCUGGAAAAAAAACGAACUGCACAAUAUAAUGUGUAAAAUGUGCUCGAAAUGACUGUGUCUGGAUCUCAAUCGUUUCUCUAGGCAUCAUUUCCCCCCCCCCCCCCAAAAAAAAAUUGCCUUUUUUUAAUAAAAUAUGUUUAGCCAUCAAUUAUAAUUUUAGUACAUUUAUUUGCGAUAAUAUUACAAUAUAAUUUUAAUGCAACUUUAUAUUUUUCGCAUGUUUUUUUUGCGCAAUUCUAUAUUAUUAUUGUUGCCAUUGUUUUUUUUUUACUGUAGAGAUAUAUUCAUUUAUUAAUGUAAUAUAAUGUGUACAUUCAUACUGCAUACAUACAUAUAUACACCUGCUUAUAUGGCUAAUUCAUAUAUUGUUCACUCAUUUUAAGAUACAAUAUAUACUACAUUAUAUAGGUAUAAAAUAUUUUUAUGUAUGUAUAUUACUGCAAGCUAUUAUAUUAUUGUAGUUAUUAAGAAAUAAAUUUAUGUUUUAUGAGUGUGAUUUAUCAUUGAGUUGAUAUACCUAUUUGUGUACAAGCGAGAUUAUUACAUACUAAUUAUAAUUUACAUAAAUAUAUAAUAGUUAACAUAUACAAUAAUACCUCCACAUGAGUAAAACUAUUCUAUAAAUAAGAUACUAUUAAUUAUAAUUUGUUACAAAUAUCUAUCUAUGUAACGUUAUAAUUUUAUUAUUAAUUUUUUAAGGGGAUUUUUUUUAGUAGAUACGGCAGGGGGUUUUAUGAAUUGCUGUGCCAAACGAUAAACGCUAUUAAAAUGGCGGACUAAAAUGUAUUUUGUUAAGUAUUAUUAUUAUAAUUGUAAUUUUCAAAUAUAGUUAGACAUAAGUAGAUCAAUAUAAUAUGAAAUAGUACUAUAUAAUAUGUAAUAUACUUACCAUUUGUAUUGUA